GAGACAUAAUCCAACAUUAUCGUAGCCUAAAAAGGACCUCAUUUGUGAUUUUAGAUGACAUUGUUUGGGCAUUAGUAUUAGGCACGACGUGAGCUUGAUUUAUUAUCUCAUCUUUGUGUGAGAUGUUUGCACCGCAAACCUCUGUCUUUUUGCAGCAGCAGCGGCUUUUUUGAAAACGAGCGGGAAAUGACCAAUGGCUGACAUUUUUCCACCAGCCGAUAGCCUCUGCAAUGCCUCUGCUCGAGGAAAUUUACCUGAGGUUUUGCUCUUGCUGCAAAAUGGAUCUGCUGUUAAUGGAAGGAAUACUUUCAAAAGAACUGCAUUACAGGUGGUCAAGUUGGGCAGCACUGCGGUCGUCGAAGCCCUCCUGUCGGCCGGAGCUGACCCCAACCUCCGCGACCCGGUCCUCGGCCUCACUGUCACCCACGACGCCGCGCGCGAAGGCUUCCUGGACACUGUGCUGGUGUUGCUGGCCCACGGAGCGGACGUCAACCUCGCGGACGAGCGUGGGAACCUCCCGCUGCACCUAGCCGCGAAGGGGGGCCACGGAGAACUGGUCCGGGUCCUCACGGCGGUCACCUCGGAGCCCAUGAAGGUGAACCGUGACGGUCAUACAGCCGCACAGUUGGCGCUCCUUCACGGGUGAUCCACCUCUACCUGCGGUCAGAAGACUCUGAUGAAGACAUCAUGUGGAUCAUCGCAACCCCAUCUUUUUGCUUGUUUCUGCUCUGCUGCUAACACAUGUAUCUUCAGCUGAAAACAUGUCCCAUAAAGGGAUGGGGAAUUUAAAUGUAUUGGAAGGAAACCUUUUUAUCAUUUUUAUCUUUAGGUAUUAAAUUACUAUUCUGUUCCAUUUGCAUGUCACAAAAUUCCAUAAAAAUAAAAAG